UUGGGAUGGUUCAAAUCAAAUGCGGAAGUUUACACCCAGAACCCUGCCUACCACCACCGCGAAAAAUGAGGAUUGCAUGACAUUUGUGCAGUACCAAGACCAGGGUGCUAGUGAGUCCCCGUUAAUAACGCUCAAGACCGCGUCGCAAAGCUGGAGUUAAACUUUCAUGGCUUCCCUCGUGAGCUCGGACCGACGGGCUUUUGCUCUAAAAAUCAACAGGUACACUUCUGCGGAGAUCCGACGUAACUUUGGUGGGGCCCAAGGAGCGCAUAACAGCAGAAGGAACUCGAACACCUCAGCCUCAGUAUGCUUCACUGUGCCCCAGUCGUACGAGGCGGUGGAGCCCCUAGACCUGGAGGAGUUCCUCAUGUCCCAACUGCAGAGUGGAGACCAGGCCCUGAUGCAGGAGCUGGGCGACUUCCCCAACGAUGACCUGCAGGUGGAGCAGGUGGAGAAGCAGUGUCGCACCGUCCGACACUCGGUGCCUGAGGACGGGGUGGAGUUGGAUUCACAUGUGAGGGAGUGUGUGCAGAGUUACAUUCAACCCUGGCUGGUUGUCUCCCGAAGGUGUCAAGGAGAUGGCUGGACCGCCUAUUCUGAGAGGGCCGGACUUCACAAGCUCCUCCAGAAACAAACCUUUGAGUCUGAUGUUCAGCAAGAGGGCCAAGACACUCCCGUGAAGUCCCCUUCGCUGGCAGGCCUCAGUGAGGACGCUGGGCGAACUCUGACCUCGUCUGACUUUGACCUGCGGUGUUUGACCCCUGACCCCCGAGUAGAGGGGCUGCUGAGGUUCAGCACCCCGGAGGAGCUGGACCGCCUCAACCACGAGGCGCGGCAAGCGGGGCGCCACCCGGAGCUGUUUGCCCUCUACCCCCCAGCAGAUGAGGAGGAGGCAGUGGAGAUCCGUCCCAUCCCAGAUUGUCCCAAAGAACACAUGGGGGACCGCAUCCUCAUUCGAUGUCAGAGCAUGAAGUUUGAAAUCGAUAUUGAGCCGUUAUUCGCGACCCUGGCCUUGUACGACCUUAAGGAGAAGAAAAAGAUCUCAGAGAACUUUUACUGUGACCUGAACCCCGACCAUCUGAGGGGUUACCUCAAGGGUCACACCCCCCAGGUGGACCACUCCAGCCUGGCCAGGUCUGCCAUCUUCUCCGUCACGUACCCCUCACCGGACAUCUACCUGGUCAUCAAGAUUGAGAAGGUUCUUCAACAGGGGGAGAUCAGCGACUGUGCUGACCCUUACAUCAACUUGCGGGAGAGCGACCAGAAGAACAAGGACAAGUUGGACAAGCUGCGGGGCCAGGCGGAGACGUUCUGCCACCGGCUGGGCCGGUACCGUAUGCCCUUUGCCUGGGCCACCAUCAACCUCACAGAGAUCAUCAACAGCGCCACGCCAGAGCGCGACUCCGUGGAUACGGACAGCCUCAAAGGAGGGAAAAGCAACAGCAUGGACAGAAGAGCACAACUUCCCCGGCGGAACUCGGAGCGGUACGCUACCUUAGAUGAUCAACCCUGUAUCCUGUCGGGCUUCAAACCUGCAACCAUCACCAUCAGCACAAUCUUCAGACAGGAAGGGGACCGCCUAAGUGACGAAGACCUCCUCAAGUUCUUGUCUGAGAUUAAGAAGACAUCGGCCCCCCAGAGGAGAGUCAGGACUAUACCAGGUAUCAUUAAGCUGGACAUCUCGCCGUUCCAUGACAUGCCCCAGGCGUGUCUGUCCAGCGAGCUCAUUCCCCUGGUGCCGGUGGCUGAGAAGAACAUCCGACCAAUCAAGGAGGUCCUAGAGUUUCCUUCCAGUGAGGUCUACGUCCCUCACAGCAUUUAUAGGAACCUUCUUUUUGUCUACCCUCAGAGGCUAAACAUUGUCAACAGACUAACAGCACCACGCAACAUCACCAUCAAAAUCCAGUUCAUGAGCGGAGAGGACUCAAGCACCUCUAUGCCGGUCAUUUUUGGGAAAUCAAGUGGCCCGGAGUUCCUACAAGAGACCUAUACCACAGUGACCUACCAUAACAAGUCUCCAGACUUCUAUGAGGAGGUGAAGCUCGCCCUGCCCGCCCAGCUGACUGAGAGGCACCACCUGCUGUUCACCUUCUACCACAUCAGCUGCCAGCAGAAACAGAACCAGCCCAGCUGCGAGACCCUCAUAGGAUACUCCUGGCUGCGCAUGCUGAAUACCGACAGACUGCAGACGGGACAGUACUGUCUGCCCAUCGUCCUGGAGCGCCUGCCCCUCAACUACUCUCUGCACUCCCCAGAGAAAUUACCUCCCCAGAUUCCUCCAGUCAAGUGGAUGGACAGUCACAAAAGUCUGUUCAACGUGGAGAUCCAGGCGGUGUCUUCCGUGCACCCACAGGACAACCACUUGGAGCGCUUCUUCACGCUGUGUCGCGCCCUGGAGGGCGGAGUCAGCUUCCCGCUGCGCGUGAAGGAGGAGAAGAUUCCCGAGAACAAGCUGGAACAGGAGCUGAAGCUGAGCAUCGUGUCCCUGUCCUCGUCCCGCUUGGAGCCCCUGGUGCUCUACCUCCACCUGCUGCUGGACAAGCUCUUCACCCUCAUCAUGCAGCCCAUGGUCAUCGCAGGCCAGACCGCUAAUCUGGCGCAGAUAGCCUUUGAGUCUGCGGUGUCCAUCGUCAACAGCCUUCACAACAGCCAGGAGCUGGCCAGAGACCAGCAGGGCAGGAACGAGCUGUUGUCCACCUACCUCUACUGGGUCUUCUGUCUGCCCCGUUCCCCCCGGGACGUACAGGGUGCAGCAGCAGGUUCUGUGCAGCCCUCUUCGGAGGCCCGCUUCAGCACCAUGGGCCGGGCCACGGCCAGCACCAUCGGCACCAUGCUGCUCCAGUCCCGCUUCCGCAGCAGCAGCAACCCGGACAUCCCCGGAGCCCCACCCUCCCCCGAGGACGCAGAGGUCAACCACAUCCUCAACUCUAAGGGCCAGAACAACCCAGGGAGCCGCAUGUCCACCUACGUGGACGCUAACACUCACUCCCAGAGUGCCACAGGGGGCACCAGGCCCUCCAGCAGAAAGCAGUUCCACGAGGAGCUGGCCCUGCAGAUGGUUGUGAGCACCGGCGUGUGCAGGGAGAACGCCUACAAAUACGCCUGGUUCUUCUUCGAGCUGCUGGUGAAGAGUAUGGCACAACACGUCUCAAAUCUAGAGAAAGGCAGAAUGCCACGACAGAGUCGGUUCUCUGAUCGGUUCAAAGAUGAUAUCACCACCAUCGUGUCCGUGGUGACCGCUGAGAUCGCCACCAUCCUAGUCAAGCAACAAAAGGAGCAGGAGCAGGCAGAGAAAGUAAAUAUCAGCCUGGCCUUCUUCCUGUAUGACCUGCUGUCUCUAAUGGACAGAGGCUUCGUAUUCCAUCUGGUGAAGAACUACUGUAACCAGAUGUCAUCCAAGGGUAUUCUAAUGCCCACGUUGAUCAGCAUGCGCUUGGAGUUCCUGCGCAUCCUGUGCAGUCAUGAGCACUACCUCAGCCUCAGCCUCUUCUUCAGUAGCCCAGCCUCUGCUCCCGCCUCCCCCUGCCCUUCCAUCUCCUCACAGACCUCCAGCUCAUACAGCUACCAGGAGCAGCAGAGGAUUCUGGGACUUUUUGAACUGACUCAGGAGUUCAAGCAGCAGCACUAUCUCACUGGUCUGCUGUUGACAGAGCUCAGCGCUGCACUGGACAUGGAGUCAGAGGGGGGAAAGGUACAGAGGAAGGCAAUCAAUGCCAUCUACAGCCUGCUGUGUGCCCACGACCUAGACCAACGCUGUGUGAAACCUGAGGUCGGAGCAAAGGUCGCUGCGCUCUACCUCCCCCUAGUGGGCAUCAUCAUCGACUCCAUCAAUUACCUGGACUUCACAGUCUCCGAAGCGCGCAGCGGGAAAAACAAGACUGGCGGACCUGACGACGACCUGGAAAAUGUCCCUCCUAUCAAUCAGUCUGUCGCCAUGGCAAUCGCUGGGAACCCUUUCAACACCCUGGGGAGAAGUGCUCUGGUUUCCAUGGCAUCCGUCCAAAGUAAGUCAGUGGCCACGCUGGCGGCGGACACGAGCCGCCACCUGCUGGUGUGUUUCCUGUGGGUGAUGAAGAACGCGGAGAGAGGCCUGAUCCAGCGUUGGACGGUGGACAUGCCCUCCUCCCAGCUCAACCGCCUGCUGGAGCUCCUCACCAUCUGUGUCUCCUGCUUUGAAUACCGGGGUAAGCAGAGCAGUGACAAGGUGAGCAACCAGGCGCUGCAGAAGUCCCAGCAGGCCAAGCUGCAGCUGGAGGAGGCCCUGCUGAGAGGCAUGGGCGCGCGGGGAGAGAUGAUCAGAAGAGUCGGAGGAAUGGAACGGACAUUGGGUCAGAGGGAAAACCUACGCUGGAGGAAAGACCUCACUCAGUGGAGACAGACCAACGACAGGCAGGACAAAACAAAAGCCGAGUUGGACCAAGAGGCUGUCAUCAGUGGAAACCUGGCCACCGAGGCUAACCUCAUCGUGUUGGAUCUGCUGGAGACCAUCGUACAGGCGAUGCCGCUGGCAGACUGUAAGGACAACGUGACGGGUGGGGUCCUCAAAGUGCUGCUCCACUGCCUCACCUGCAACCAGAGCUCCAGCUUCCUCUCACACGCCUUCAGCACGCUGCGAGCUCUCCUAAUCAAGUUUGGAGACCUGCUGUUUGAGGAGGAGGCUGAGCAGUGUGCAGACCUGUGUCAGAAGGUGCUCCAGUACUGCAGCAGUCCAGUGGAUGAGAACAGGAGCCAGGCCUGUGCCACCCUCUACCUCAUCAUGAGAUACAGCUACAGCAACGCCAGCAACUUCUCCAGGGUGAAGAUGCAGGUGACCAUGUCCCUGGCCUCGCUGGUGGGUCAGUCGUCUGACUUCCAGGAGGAGUAUCUGCGGCGCUCGCUGCGCACCAUCCUGGCCUACGCUGAGGAGGACGGCGAGAUGAGGAACACGCAGCUGCCCUCCCAGGUGGAUGAGCUACUGCGGAACCUCAACAGCAUCCUGUCCGACACGGUGAAGAUGCGGGAGUUCCAGGAGGACCCGGAGAUGCUCAUGGACCUCAUGUAUAGGAUAGCCAAAGGCUACCAGACCUCGCCCGACCUGCGUCUGACCUGGCUGCAGAACAUGGCGGAGAAGCACAGCAACAGGAAGUGCUACACGGAGUCGGCCAUGUGUCUGGUGCACGCAGCCGCCCUGGUGGCCGAGUACCUGAGCAUGCUGGAGGACCACAAGUACCUGCCUGUGGGCAGCGUCACCUUCCAGAACAUCUCCCCCAACGUGUUGGAGGAGUCCGCUGUGUCUGAUGACAUCCUGUCUCCGGAUGAGGACGGCGUGUGCUCCGGCCGCUACUUCACCGAGAACGGCCUGGUGGGGCUCCUGGAGCAGGCCGCCGAGCUGUUCAUCAACGGGAGUCUGUUCGAGACGGUGAACGAGGUGUACAAGAUUAUCCUUCCCAUCCUGGAGGCGCAUAGAGACUUCCGAAAGCUGGCCUCCACUCACGAUAAGCUGAAGCGGGCCUUCGACAAGAUUAUUGAGAAGGGCCACAAGAGGAUGUUCGGUACCUACUUCCGGGUCGGUUUCUACGGAGCAAAGUUUGGGGAUCUGGAUGAGCGGGAGUUUGUUUACAAGGAACCAGGGAUAACACACCUGCCGGAGAUCUCUCACAGACUGGAGAACUUCUACAGUCAGUGUGUUGGAGAGGAUUCCCUGGAGAUGAUCAAAGACUCCACCCCCGUGGACAGGAAGAAACUCAACCCCAACAAGGCGUACAUCCAGAUCACGUAUGCGGAGCCCUACUUUGACGACUACGAGAUGAAGGACCGGCUGACCAACUUCGAGAAGAACUUCAACCUGCGGCGCUUCAUGUUCACGACGCCCUUCACCAGAGCGGGCCGCCCUCGGGGAGAGCUCAGCGAGCAGUACAAGAGGAAGACCAUCCUGACCACCAUGCACGCCUUCCCCUACGUCAAGACCCGCAUCAACGUCAUCCAGAAGGAGGAGUUUGUCCUGACGCCCAUCGAGGUAGCCAUCGAGGACAUGCAGAAGAAGACGAGGGAGCUGGCUGUGGCCACACACCGAGAGCAGCCCGACCCUAAGAUGUUACAGAUGUUGUUACAGGGCUCCGUGGGAGCCACCGUGAACCAGGGCCCGCUAGAGGUGGCCCAGGUCUUCCUGAACGAGAUCCCUGCCGACCCCAAGCUUUACCGGCACCACAACAAACUGCGGCUGUGCUUCAAGGAGUUCAUCAUGAGGUGUGGGGAGGCUGUGGAGAAGAAUAAGCACUUGAUCGGGCCGGACCAGAAGGAGUACCAACAGGAGCUGAAGAAGAACUACAACCGGCUGAGGGAGAACCUUCGGCCCAUGUUGGAGAGGAAGAUCCCGGAGCUCUAUAAACCCAUCAUCAAGCCACGACUGGAGAACAGGGACUCCUUCAAACGGCUCAGUCUUCGCAGAACUCCAGAGGAAAACUCCUGAGAUGUCACUGCUCACCAGAGAAAAGAUCGAGAGAGUUAGAGGGGGGGGAGGGAUAGAUGGAGAGAGAAAAAAGGGAAAGGAGAAGACAACACAUGGAUGAGUUGGAAGAGGACCGGAAAAAGAGGGAAUCACUUUGGAAGGGGGUCAGAGCAGAGUCCGGGGAGAGUGGUGGUAUUUGCAGCAGCAAUUUAACUUCACUCUAAGUUCUAGUUUUGACUAGUUAUUCAAUUUUGCUGUCUUUAUCAGUUCUUCGUUUUGACAGUAUAAUAACAAGGGGAAACUUGGACCAACGGACGGAAUUUGCUUUCUCAUCCCAAUAUGUAGCGAUUCACUGUACAUUGAUACCUUCUGCUCCGAGCUGUCAAAUAUUUUUUGACGCAAAUGCAGAUGCAACCCCCUUAAUGCUGCAAACACCUUUGCUUGGGUGAUUCGAGUGGUGUGGAGUUGGACUCUGAGGUCCUUGCAGGCCCAGGGACUGCAUAUGUGCCAAGAUUGCCAGUGUCUCAUUCAUGCACACAUGCAUGUCUGAGACACGCACGGAUCUGUGUAUUCAAAAUUGUAUAAUAGAAUAUGAAUUAUUUUUGUCGUACUGAAGCCACUUUGUACCCAAUCAUGAUAACAGAUUAUGGUAUGUGAUCAAAAGGCCUUUCGUUUUUUAUUUCUUCUUGGUGGCUGCCAAUUGCGGAUGUUCCCAUCAAAGAGGCAAACCUGUGAAUGGUUUCGGUCACUGGAAAAAUCUACAGGAUUAUGUCGUCAACAGCAGAUUAGAUUUAUUUUCAUGUUGGGCAUAUCUGCCAGUGUAGAUAGUAGCGUUUAACUUAUUCAGAGUUUUCUUAUUUUGUCGUUUUUUUAACUGAUACAUAUAAUUUAGCUGAAGGUCUAAAUUGAAAUAGCUUAUUUAGAUCCACAAUGUAUCCAUAGUGUAAAUAUAUCAGAGGAUUAAAAAUUGUUUACUGAGGAAUAAACGUUGUUCAUUAUUAUUUUAUUACGACUCAUUUUAGAAGCAGUGCAGCAAAUUAUUUGAACGUUCUUCAUCUUCCACGAUCAAUAUGCACUUACUUAAAGGGGACCUAUUAUGCUUUUUCGACUUUUAUGACCUAUAAACGUUGUUAUAAUGAUUGAUAGUCAUGUUUAACCAUACUUAAGUGUCAAUUAAUGACGUACAUGCAUUUCGACGUAUUCCCUGGUGACAGUCUGGGGUGGCUGUGCAGAGCGCUAAACACUCGGGACAACGUUUGCGAUUCACUUGUUCACAUUUCCGGGAAAUCAUCUACGUAGAGGCACUCCUGCCACGCCCCCAUAUGCCUGGUCAAAUCUGCCUGUGCGCGCGCUUCAAGGAAGGUAACCAAUCACAAAGGAGUGGGGUUGGCAGGAGGGGGGCGAGGGGGCGGAGAAGGACGAAACCGAGCGUUGACAGAGAAUGCUGAAAGCGCCCAGAUGAGAGGAAGAGUUUCCCGAAAAUCUACAUUGUUUUUUGUGUAUGGUUAAACAUGACUAUCAAUCAUUAUAACAGCGUUUAUAGGUCAUAAAAGUCGAAAAAGCAUAAUAGGUCCCCUUUAAAAUACUUGGUGCGACAUUUAAACUGUUUGCUUUUUAUUGAUGAGGUUAGAAAAUCCUCCCAAAUAGAUUCUGCAACUCCAAAAAAUAGGCAGUUGGUAACUGUCGCAACUUUUAGACAAUUAAGAAAGGCCCCAUGAUGUAAAUGUAUAUUGUCCCUAUUAGGAAUUCCAUGAUGUGUUAUGUUUUAUUUUUAUUUUGUAUAUGUGUUUUAGUCCUGUCAUAUUGUAUUAACCUAAUGUGGAAUUGUAAUUCCUUGUAAUGCACAUGUCAUGGUCAUGCACUUGAAUAAAACAAUGUGCCCUCCUUG